AUGACGCUCGCUAGAAUAGUCAUGCGCAGUGUGCAGAUCGUCUUCUCAGCCGUAGUCCUUGGCCUCUCGAUCAAGCUAAUCCAAGACCAAGUCUUCGGCACCAGCCGCACCAUCAACGUAGCCGCUUUCUCAGGUGCCUUUGGCAUCUUCGCCGCCUUGGUUGGGCUCGCAAGCCUCUGGUUAACGGCGAUGAGCCCCACCGUCCUGUCAGCGGUUGAUGGGCUGGCGACCGGCUUCCAGCUUGCUGUGGGCAUUACCAUAGCCGUCAAGCUCCGCCACAUCACCUGCGCCUCCAACAGCGACAUGAACCGCUACCGCCUCUACCGCAACGACCUCACCAACGGCGGCUGCAUCUCCCAAAAGAACGGCGUCUACUGCGGCCACGGCAACGACUGGGGCUACUUCCACGAGCGCUGCCGCAUGAGCUCCGCCGAUUCUGCCUUUUUGAUCAUGGCUGGCGCGGUUUUCGUUCUUCAGUCGGUGCUUACGUAUAUCCACUUCCGCCGCGCCGCGAGGGACCAUCGCGGCGGUACCUUUGUGUAG